ACAAUCUGCUUUACGGAUUUUUUUCUUCAUUAAAAUGAAUUCAAUUGUCAGGAACAAUACUGAUUCUGUAGAGUACUUUAUAAUAUUCAAUGGUAGCAAUCUAAUUACGGGCAUUAUUAUACUAAUUUACUUUUUAUUGUUUCCGUUUUAUGUUUAUGUAAACAAAGCCAAUCGGAAAAGAGAUCAAGCUGUACUAAUCUACCCGUUCACCAAACACUUUUUCAAAAUGACCGUAGUAAUGUCCAUCCUGUACGUUAUAUUCAUAGCUGGGAUGUUGUCUGGAGUUCUGUUUCUUGUUAGGAAAUCACCCUAUAUAGCAGUGUCAGGACUUGCCAUAUUCUUUGCAAUUCAGGCACUUUCACUCGUUACCCACGUCUUCAACUUGCUUCUUUCUCUAUUAGGCAUUGCAAAAUUCAUCUUAUAUUUUUUCCCAUCGCAAGAAAAGCGUGUAUCGAGUAUACAAAAAUCGGUUUACAGGAGGAUUUGGUUGUUGUAUGUUGCAUGCAGUUUUGAAGACGCCAUUUUAUAUGUUUGGGUGUUAAGAGAAAAUGAGAUGAACAUAAUCAAAAUUGGGCUUUUAGUAUUCACAAACGAUAUGUAUAUUGAUAUCUGCUUUGCUAUACAUUCCAAUAUUGAUAAGUGUUCGGAAGCUUGCAAAUCUCGCAUCAGCACUAGAAAACAAUCCACAAAACAAUUGCAUUUGCUCUGCUUGUGA